GGCAACAUCAUUACCACUAUGUUCAAAUUGCUUGUACUCGCUGUUGCCAUUUAUAGCGCCAACGCUGGCAUUAUUACAACAGGAUUAGGAAUCGGAGGAAUCGAAGGAAUCGGACAUGGAGCUGUCGUCGCUGCUGCACCAGUUGCUGUAGCUGCCCCUGUUGUUAAAGCCGUUGGUGCUACUUCGUACCAAAACAACAACCAAAUUAGCUUUCAUCCAACUGCUGUAGUUGCUCAUGCUCCCGUCGCUGUAGCUCACGCUCCUGUAGCUGUAGCCCAUGCUCCUAUAGCUGUAGCUCAUGCUCCUCUAGCUAUAGCUCACGCUCCUAUUGCUUUAGGUCAUGCUGUAGGUGUUGGAAGCGUAGGUCUUGGAAGUAUCGGAAUCGGCAAAAUUGGAUUUGGAGGGUUAGGAGAAGAAAUUGGAAUUAAAGGAAUUUAAAAUCGUGCGGCAGGAUGACGAGCGUUAGGUUUAAGUGUAAAAAUUAUUUAUUUUUGGUACUUAUUCUAAAUAAUAAAAAAUAAAAAGU